AGUGUAGAAGCGGUGCUUGAGGACGUCGCUACUUUAAAUUGGUCUGCCACCAUUUCUUCUAACAGCAAGGGGGACCCAAACCACAUACCUAAGGGUUGUGUGCAGUCGAGUGCAAAAUUAUUAUUUUCUCCUCUACUGUUUGCUCGCACUAUACCACCGCCAUCCUAGUCCCUGACAACCACAUAUAGCCUCAUUUUCUUCUCAUGUGCCCAAUGCCAGCUUCUUUAAAGGGCAAAGUGGUAAGCACCGCCUGUGGUCCUGAAGGACCAGUCAAUCCAUGGGGCCUCGCUGCUGUGAUUGGUGCGUAGAACACCGUUGCCUGGCACCUCCCUCGCCCCCAUUCGGAUUGUCAGCGGUCUUCUGGUUUGGAUUUUGCUGGAAUGUGGAGAGCGGGCUUUGGGCUGACGCCUGAAACAGGUGCAAGAGCAAAAUCAGAAGCCAGCGGCGGGGAGACCCUGAUGCAAUGGUGUCCUCUAGUCCAGAGGACUAGGAACCCUGAAGUGGAUUGAAUUUCUUCCUUGGAGUGUAUAAGUCUGCUAGAGCUCCAGCAAGCUGUUGCCCAUAGGAAAAAAGGAUUUACAGAUCCCUCUAUUCUACCUUCAUCACCCUCCCUUUCGCCAGUGACAGUGUAUAAAUUACCUGUGCUUCUGCCACCUUCGGCUUCUCUCCUUUACUCACUGCACUGAAAAGGGGAUCCUGUGGGAAACUGCAGGUGCUUCUGGCUGUUGGGAGCUGUCUACGGUGCUGAAGCUUUUCCAGACUCCUUUACCUAACCCGGGAACUAUUGAUAUUUUGUGUUUUCCAUCAAACCCUUUUUUGUUUCCCUAUGCCUUGGAUACUCCAGCUUUCAGUAAUGUAAAUAACUAAUUAGAACAUGGCCCAUGUGAAAUAUUUUCGUUUAGCCUCUUCAGGAUUUUACUUCUGGGAAGCAGCUGUGUUACUCAGUUUGGUCGCCACAAAGGAGACUGACAGUGCAAGAUCACGUAGUACACCAAUGUCACCAUCUGAUUUUUUGGAUAAACUAAUGGGCAGGACAUCGGGCUAUGAUGCAAGAAUCAGACCCAAUUUUAAAGGCCCUCCAGUUAACGUCACAUGCAACAUAUUCAUAAACAGCUUCGGAUCCAUUGCAGAGACAACAAUGGAUUACAGAGUGAACAUCUUCCUCCGUCAGAAGUGGAAUGAUCCACGCCUUGCAUAUAGUGAAUACCCCGAUGAUUCUCUAGAUUUAGAUCCAUCCAUGUUGGAUUCCAUUUGGAAACCUGACCUUUUCUUUGCUAAUGAAAAAGGUGCCAACUUUCAUGAGGUUACUACAGACAACAAAUUGCUAAGAAUUUUCAAAAAUGGCAAUGUGCUAUAUUCAAUCAGAUUGACAUUAAUACUCUCCUGUCCAAUGGAUCUCAAAAAUUUUCCUAUGGAUGUACAAACAUGUAUAAUGCAACUAGAAAGCUUUGGAUAUACCAUGAAUGAUCUCAUCUUUCAAUGGCAAGAUGAGGCACCUGUACAAGUAGCAGAGGGGCUCACUUUGCCCCAGUUUGUUUUAAAAGAAGAGAAAGACUUACGGUACUGCACCAAACACUACAAUACAGGAAAGUUCACAUGUAUUGAAGUUCGUUUCCAUCUUGAACGUCAGAUGGGCUACUACCUGAUCCAGAUGUAUAUACCUAGUCUCCUGAUUGUUAUCCUAUCUUGGGUUUCAUUUUGGAUUAACAUGGAUGCAGCUCCAGCCAGGGUAGCUUUGGGGAUAACAACUGUGCUGACUAUGACUACACAAAGCUCAGGAUCCAGGGCUUCUCUUCCUAAGGUCUCCUAUGUCAAGGCUAUUGAUAUCUGGAUGGCAGUAUGUCUCCUCUUUGUGUUCUCAGCACUCCUAGAGUAUGCAGCUGUCAACUUUGUAUCCAGACAACACAAGGAACUAUUGAGAUUCCGUCGGAAAAGAAAGAAGAACAAGACAGAAGCUUUUGCAUUGGAGAAGUUUUACCGUUUCUCAGACACGGACGAUGAGGUAAGGGAAAGUCGGUUCAGUUUUACAGCCUAUGGAAUGGGACCAUGUCUGCAAGCAAAAGAUGGAGUGACCCCAAAGGGGCCAAAUAAUCCUGUCCAGAUCACACCAAAAAACUCCGAUGAAAUGAGGAAAGUAUUUAUCGACAGAGCCAAAAAGAUUGAUACCAUUUCCCGAGCCUGCUUCCCAUUAGCCUUUUUGAUUUUCAACAUUUUUUAUUGGGUUAUCUACAAAAUUCUUAGGCAUGAGGAUAUUCAUCAGCAGCAAGAUUAAGCACAGGGGCAUACAAGCUUAGUUGUUCCAUUUAGCAGGAAAUCUCUCUGUUAUAUAUGUCAUGCAUUUGUGUGUACAUGCAUACGUACCUGCACAGGUGUGUGUGUGUACAGCUGAUGACAGGUGUUUUCAAGAUACAUAUGAUAAAGAAAUUUUAUUUUGAUUUGCUAUGCAGAGUCAUAAUCAGACAAAUGAAGAUGAGUAUAUACUCUGAAACUUUCUAUUUCAUACUAAAUAAAGAUGACCAAUUUUUCAUAGUAUAUCAUAUCAUAAUCUACUACAGCUUUACUGCCAAUAUGUUUUAUGGUACAUCUUAUUACAUAGUGGUAGUAAUGUAUACCACUUUUUGGAGUUCCUAUGAUUUUUUUUUAAUUUAAUGUUAUUUCCUAUUAAAAUUUGUUUGAAGCAUCACUGAUGAGUCCAAUAUAAACAACAAUUACUUAGAAUUCCUUUUGUAAAGAAAAAACAUAGAAUGUAGUGAAAAAUCAAUAGUUUGUCCCUGAAAGCUGUUUUCUUACAUUGUGUCUACCUGCCACUUAAAUCACUGCUUAAUUCAAUAGACUAUAUCAGACAUACUGGGGUUUUGGCAUUGUGUCAACACAGCUAAUAGCUUUGAUGGAAAUGAAUAAAUUUUUCUAAUCCAGGAAAUAUUCAAAUUUUUUAGAAAAUAAUUUAGUGUUGUGACAUUUUUCAUAAGCAGGUCAUCUCUCUAGCUAACUAGCAUAAAUGGCCCAGGAGGCCAGUUGUCAACAAAAUCCCCUUCUUAGCCUUUAUUAUUCUCUUUGAAUUAGAGUUGGUUCAACAGAAACACAUUGUUUUUAAAGAAUUGUUAUGCCUGUGUAUUUUUAAUUAUUCACAAACAAUAUUUGAUAAAUCUACGGGAGUUUUUUUAGAUUUUGAUAGUUAUUUGAUUUUACUCAUAUAAUUAUAGUUAAUAAUUUUUAUUGUGACUGAAGAUGAAUUGUUCAGUGAAAUAUUCACAUUUUAAUAUAGCAUGGGGGCUAAAAAGAUAGAAGAAAGUAUUUAAAAAUUGGGGCUAGAAACUGAUUUGAGGAAAUUACAGUGGAAUUAGAGAUUAAUGUUGGAACAAAUUUUCCUAUGAGAUCUGUGUAAAUUAAAAAACCAAAUCAUACUUAAAAGGACAAACACAAUUUGUCCUAUAAUGCAAGAAUGAGUCUAUUUUUCCCAAAACCAAAUAACUAUUGAGUUUUUCUUUUAUAAAUUUGAGGAAUGUCUUAAAUAUUAAGCACAAUUCUUCCAAUGCACAAAAUGAUCCUUGGGAGUCUUCAAAAUGUCAGAAAAUUGAAAUGGACCCCAAUAUUUGACCACCCCUUCAGAUGGUUUGAACCUAAACCAAAAGUUUUACCACAACAGAAUAAGAGAAAUUAUCAAUCAACACUAUUUGUGACACAUGGAACUCCGAAAUAUGACCACCCAAAUCCCAUAUUGAUAUAAUAAAUGAAUUUGGGAUUCUAGUUUGAUUUGCUUGCCUUCUCUAUUAAAUUAACCUUGAAUUAUUAUUUUGUUUAUAAAAGAAAUACAAUUUCAUCAAAAUUGCUGUACACAUGUAUCCAAAGGGAUACCAGAGGCCAAAUUACUUCCAAAGAAUCCUUUCUGCAUUGGGAGAGUUGAGUCCAAGGUAGAAAAUCUAGCAAAAGCCCUCUCAUGAACUUAAAAUCUGGCAGUCUGCUAUUCUGAUCUUUGUACACUGCCAAACUGAAAGCUAGAACUGCCAUUUAAAGCUAAAACUGUUUCUUAAUUUAAGGGGUCACAAUAGUUAUCACCGAUGGGCCCUUUGAGCAAUUAAUUGCACUAUGUUCUAAUUCUGUAUCACUUUUAAUAAUCCCUUUUUUAAAGCGUGGCCACUUUCACUGCUCAAAUUUCUCUUGAGAUGUAGAUGGAACACAAGUUGCUUGUUAUCUUGACAUUGUAGACAAACACUGCAGCUAAAACAGCUUGUUACUAUAAACUUUCCUUAUUUUUGAGAAGUGUGUAUCCAAAAGCAAAAAUGUUUGAGACAAACAUAUGCUAUGUUGCUAACAGCCCAGUUCAUGUGAAUCAAACCUUGUAAAAUGCAUUUUACUGAAAGCAAGAGCUUUGAAAACAUGUGUGUGUGUGUGUGUGUGUGUGUGUGUUUAAGGUUUAGAUGUAAGGGAGUUAAAAGGAUGACUAAAAUUCGGAAAAGUUCCUGAAAAGCACUUUGUAUGCAAUUCUUCUAUCCUUCAGCCUAUUAUACUUCAAUAUUUCUCUCUAAUUAUUAAGAUAAUAUAUGGCGUCUUAUCCCCAAGCAAGCAAGCAUGUGUUAAGUGUAUAGAAUGUGGAUAUUCAUAAAUCAUGUUUCAUUUCAGCUACUAAAAUCUGCUCCAGAUAUCAGCUGUUUCUAUAUUGGAGGAUGAAGCAUUAAAGGCUCCAUCCAGUUAAACAAUUGUCCUUAAACAAAUUCAUGCAGGAUUAUGAAUCUUGUUCCUACCUAUUUUAUAUUAUCUUAUAAACAUUUUCCUCAAAAAGUAAUGAGAAAUUACUCCAAUAUUCAUAUUACUGACUAUACAUGUCAAAUAACAAAAUCACACCUGUAUAUAAUUUGAAUUUGUUAAUCUCUCAUUAACUUUCAUCAGAUCUUUUUUAAAUAACCAGAAGUAAUUGCAUUUUAGCCUAAAAGGGAUGAUCUGACUAAAUGAGGCUUUCAAAAAUCAAUUAGUAUUUCAGAUCAAAAUAAAUCUAUCUACCUGAAGUCUAUGGCUGUUGUGAAUCAAAAUAUUGAUAGAAAUAAACUCUCUUCCAGAUGACAUCGCAAAGAAGUAAGAAGCUAACCAGACACUCAAAUAGCCAUAUGGCUUUAAUCCUGCACACACAACCUAUAUUUGUGUUUAUUUGUGUGCUUAUACAUAAUACAGCAUAUAUAUGCAGCAUAUGUCUCUCUCUCUCUAUAUAUAUAUAUAUACAAUAUAGACAUAUAAAUUAUGUAAAGCACAUAUAAAUAUAUGUGAUCCAGGACAUCGGUAAAAAUAUGAAAAUAUAAUAGUUCAUCAUCCCUAGACUCUUUAGCAUUGUAUCAGCUACGAUAUAGGAGUAACUCAGUCUCCUCACCCUCAAAAAGUAUUUGCAUAGUAAUCCUAAAAAAUCUUAGAUGAGGCUAUGAAAUGUUUGUAUGUAAAUAUGCCACCAAUUUAUCAAUUUAUCAUUUUCUAAUAUAAUCAUUUGUCCAACCAACUGUCAAAUCCAGGUGAUCACAGUGCUGAGUUCCCAAUUCUCCCAAUUGUUCCAAAUCCAUAAUUUCUCAUUCAGUUUUAUCUAUUCACUUCAUUACUUCUUGACUAAGCUCAAGUAUAAAAUUCCCAGGAUUCAAUGUUUGAGUAUGGGCAUAUUUCUACAACAUGGCUAUACAAUUGGGUUAGAGAAUCCUCAUCAUUCUAAAAUAUGUAGCAAUGUACUCAAAGUCAGGACAGCCUACUUCUAAUUUCCUCCUCUUACACAGAUUAGCUGUGUGACCCUGGUCAAGUUAUUUGGUGUAGGCAGCUCUCUGACUCUAAGUAGUGCUGACUUGUAUUGGUAGAGAACUUUUCCUUACCAAGGACUAGUGAAAUGAUAAUAUCAAUCCCAGUUUCCAUCAGCUAUUGAUAUUCUUAUAGAAGAAAGCAGGAAAGAAAAAAGAAGUAGUUUUUGACCUAAGGAGAAGGCAUCUCUGCCUAGUUGCCUCUUCUUUGUUUCCUGAAAAAGAAAAUGUACCCCUUUCAUCUUUUCUCUAUAAUUCCCCACUCAAUUUAUUUUCCCCUUUUCAGCUUUCCUUUCCCAGAAUUGAGGUGUCUUCUUACUAAUACUUUUUUAAGGACAAGGGACCACCAUCUUUAAUGGUGUUCAAUUCCUCCAAUCAUUUCCCCUUCCACCAACUACUUUUUCCCCAACCAAAUCUAUUGAAAAUUACUACCCAUUUACCUCUUCCAAUAGAAUACCCAACACCUUGAACGUCACCUGUGCCCACACAACUAUCUAUUCUAUAUAAUACAGAUGCUCACAUUGAAUUUUAAAGGCAUUAUCUACAAACCCAAAAAGUUUGUAAAGAUGGAUGAAAAAAUACAGCCUGUGUUAUUUUAACUUUUAACUAAAAUUUAGCAUUUUCUUCAAUUAUUUUUAAAAAAUACUGUUCUUAGAAGAAGUCCAUUGGGUUUACCAGACUGGCAAAGGGAUCUAUAGCCCCAAGAAUUUAAGAACCUCUGACUUAAUAGAAUAGAAAUGGAUUAUGAAAUACUUAAGUUAAAGGGAUAAGAAGAUAUUAAGCCCUAAAUAGGUGGGAUUCCCAGUAAGUAUCCCUUUUCUGUGCAAAAAAAAAAAAAAGUUAGCCUUAAAAGCAAUCAUGUUGCAGCCAUGGUCUUAGGAUUUACUAACUCUAACUUCUAAAAUAUAUUUCCUAUUCUUCACAAUACAGAUAGUAGCAUACAUUUUCGAAACUUAUCUGCUUUAGCAAGAGAAAAAUAAUAAUAAUUAAGUCCACAGACCUGGCACCUAUUUUUAAAAUAUCAAUCUAUAAAUGCAGAAUACAAAGUGCUUGGGGAAUAAAUUUAAAAGUGUUGUACCCACCAUCAUGGAGCCAAGGCAGCCAAAUCCAACCCAUAUACAACAGAAAUAUAUACAUAUAAAUAAAAUAAUUGUGACAAUGAACUGAGGGGGAGAGUCAGAGAUUUUGCUGGCAAAUCAAAGCAUUUCUAAUUUUACUAAACAAAUAUGUUUACAUUCUCUAGUUUGUCCUAUUGGUCAUACUGACUCAUUUUGAUGACAAGAAUCAUAAUUUGUUUCUUCAUUUGGAUAUAUAGACAUUUCACCAGAUUAUGCUACUGCCUAAACUGUGGUGUCUUGGAGACUAUAGUAAUGCUCUUAGUAAAUAGAGAUGUAAGUGCGCAGCUGGGUAGUUCAGUGGAUUGAGAGCCAAGCCUAGAGAUGGGAGGUCCUAGGUUCAAAUCUGGCCUCAGACACUUCCCAGCUGUGUGACCCUGGGCAAGUCACUUGACCCCCAUUGCCUGGCCCUUACCACUCUUCUGCCUUGGAGCCGAAACACAGUAUUGACUCCAAGACUGAAGGUAAGGGUUUUUUAAAUAAAAUAAAUAAAUAGAGAUGUAACUAAAUAUUUCUCAAGGGAAUUCAGUGCAGGUAAAAAGUCAUAGCAGCCACAAAUUAUCAAAUUUUAAUUUUAAAAUGGACUCAACAUGGAAAAAUGCACCCACACACACCAUGUUCUACACAAGUCAACACAACCCCAAGAAUUUGGGAAAAUGCAAUAGUCAUGGAUUCAUACAGAGGUUAGAGUUAUGAGCUAUCACUUUUAUCCAUUUCUUUCCUGUGGCAUUAGUGCUAGAUUAAAAUAGCCAUGAAGAGCAGAAUUAGAAAUGCUAAGAAUAACAACUACACAUUAUGCUUUGAAGCUCCCAACCUAAGUCAAUGACCAUUCUUCUCAAUGGCAAAAAUCACCCCCAAAUAUUCAAUGCAGUUCUUUGGAAACAAGAUACAAUAUAUAAUAGCAAAGUAAUGCUGACUUGUUGAAACAGUUUUAAUCAAAUAAAUAACAUUUACUGCAUAGUAUAAUAUUAAGUACAAACAAUAACUUUUUCACAUAGAAGAAAUUUCUGAGAUAGGUCACAAUUGUCUUCUGCAUAUUGAAACAUAUGAUCAGUUCUACUGACCUGUCUUUCAGAGAAAAUGACCAUUAGUACAAAGAGAAUCACAAUAGCUGUAAAUGGAAUAAUAACUUUUAAAGAUGUAAUACUAAUAAUACAUCUGAAUGUAUAAAUUAAGUCUGUAAAAGCUAAGGGAAAAUUGACAUUAAUGCUAAAUCCCUUUCAUACCUUUUGGAGAGAGGGACUUCUCAAUCAAAUUUAGGUUUUUUGUGUGUUAUGUUUUAUUUUUCUAGGUAUUGCAAAGCAUAAGGAAAGAAAGGAGAUGACUCAUUGUUAUUCUCAAGGUUGUCUGACCCUUUUAAUCACUGACUUUUGCAUUUAGAAAAUCCCUAGACUUUAGAAUCUUAAAACUGGAAGGGACUACAUCUAUUAAAUUAUCCAAAUCUUUCUGACCUUAUCUUCUUUAAAUUUGAGAUGGCUUGAAAAAGUAGGUAACUAUUUUGAAUAGGUACUGUUCUGUUCUUUAUUUUGUAUAUUAAAGAGGUAUCAGUUCCAAAGGAGACUAAAGUCUAGUAUGAAUGGGAUGAUUCCCUAAAGUUGAGGAAGGACCCCUCCUCCCCCAGACAUGAGGGGAGGAUUUUGUAUAUUCCAAGCCUGGACAAAGAAGAUAGAAUCCUCCCUAGUGACAAUCCGGUACCUGCUCGUUAAAAAGGUCUGCAUUUGCUGUGAUUGGAUUUUAGAGUGAUGAAUUGCCCUAUGUCAAUGUCACCCAGGAAGUCAAAAGGCUAAUUUCAAAAUGGAAAUAUAAAGUCAUAGUUCUAAUAUAAGUGUCCUUAGUUCUUUUGAGUAUUAUAAUGAUGUUGGCACAUUUCAGUGAAUUUGACAAGCUCUUUAUUAUGAAAGCAUAAUGCUUGGUGCCCAAAAUGUAGUAAUACAGCUAUUGGAACUAAAUCAUUAAUCAAAAUCUCUUUGCUGCAGAACACAAAAAUAUUAUACUAGAUAACUUUCCCAAAUGACUAGAUGUUUGUCAGAUCUUAACCAUUUUUAUUGAAAAGUUUUCUCAUAUUUUAACAAGCCUUUUCAUUAUUUCUUAUGGUUCUCAUGUGGUUAAAAUCAGAAUGGAAAUAUACAUCUCAUUUAAUUCAAUACAUUUGAACCUAGUCUCAAAGAACAGUCAAAGUAUUCAUCAGCUAAGUGAUUUCAUGAACCUCUAAUUUAUUUUUGCUUUUGCCAUUUUUUUGCUCUAUCAAUUUCUCAUAAUCAUUUUCAUAUUAGAAUGAGAACACUGAAAAGGAUCAUCUAUCAUAUUUAAUAUAGUGCAAGAAUUGCUCCCAAGCUAUCACAAAACAUAGCAAUAUCUUCCUAGAAUAUUUCUAAUGUAGGGAAUUCAUUGUUGAGUAGUUCUAAUUGUUUAAAAAAGGUUUCCUUGAAUCCAAAUUUAAGUACCUAUUAUUUCCGCCAGUUGGUCACAUUCUGCCCUCUAGAGCUACAUAGAAUAAAUCUAUUCCAUUUUCACAUAGUAGCCCUUAAGCACCAUAAGUAUCCUCCCUCCAUCUUGUACCAUGAGUUUUAUUUCUACUUAAAUCAUUCAUAGAUAUACUUUACUCUUGAAGGAUUAAGAGAGACUUCCAAUUAAUAUUAAGAUGAAAUACACAAUUAUUCUAUUACACAAACAAAACAAAUAUGAUGAAAAAUCUUACUAUGCUAUUUGCAGUAAAAUUUAAAAAGAAAAACAUCUUCCUUAACCAUAAACCAAUCUCAGCAAUAAUUUUUUAUUACAUUUACAAGAUUCAACUGAGGACUAUAUGAGAAGUAGCAAUAUUAAAAGAUCCCUUGGAGCUAAUUAGAUGAGCAAGAGACCACACUAGCCCAAAAGAAUUCAUAUCUUUCCUUUUUAGUGAAAUCAUGAUGAAAUAUAAUUGAUAUAUGAAGUUGGUUUUUAGUAACAGCUGGUCUGUCUUUAGGGGUGAUUUUAGCAACGGUGCCUUCAGGCAGCCCACAUCUUUAAUGUCAUAAACAUAUCAGCACUAAAGGCUUGUGAUUGAAGAUGAGAAUGUUAGAAGCUGUGGGUUAAAUGCCAGGGAAAAAAUAUGUAUAUAUAAAGAUUUGGAUGUAUUGUAUUUUUGACAUGCUUGAAUAUGAUUGCACUCUUUCACUUUCAUCUCUGUAAAAUAUGCAAGUUGCCAUCUUUGAGUUUUUAUGUAAUUUACAGUAGAAUGGUGAUCCUGAAGAGGAAACAAAUGGGCUAAAGGAUUGACAUUCUACAUUCCAUGGAUGUUUAAUAGUGUGUUCUGUCAAACAAAAACAAACAAAAAGAAAUGUGCCAUGAGCUUUAAAAAAAAAAGUUUUAACUUCAUACAGUGACUUUUGUGAUAGUGAGGAAAAAAUUUAAAAGAUUACCAAAUGCAGUAUUAUUAUGAAAAUGUAUAAAUUAUCUAUCUGUAGUUUUUAAAAGUGACUUCCUGAGAUUUGUGCCCUUAUGCCAAGUGGCAUAUUUCAUCAGGAAGAUUUCCUUUUCUUAAAAUUAUAUUGAAAUGUCAUGCAUGGAUUUAAUCAAAUUGCUUUUGGUUGUAUUAUCUUCUGUUCAGCACAGUAACUAACAACCUCUAGUCAGUGUUGUUAACCCAUGUGCAGUUUAUGUUAUUCACGUAACUGUAGCCACAUUGAUCAAAUGGAAUAAAGACAUCUUUUUUUUCCAGAACAAA